GUAGCGUCCCAAAACCUGUGCAGUCCGCUGGAGGCAGAAGAGAAAACGCUGUGCUCGUGUGGUUGAGUGACUCGGUUUUCUCACAAUAUUUCGAAAGAAAAUUAUCCCGCCUUCAGAUCCGCCCAUAAUGUUUCCGGUCUGCAACAAUACCCUUCUCGCCAAGCAUCGUAUGUGACGUCAACAAUAGAGAAGAAAACAAAACUGGCGUGCACGUGCGUUUCGUGUCUUUAACUUGUGAGCAGUGAACUAGAGAAGUGGAACGAGACGGUUGAAUCUCGAACACACAACAGCAUGUUACCCAGAGGCAGAAGAGAAAAUGAAAAAGCUGAUGUUUUCUGGAACAUCUCAAUGGAUAUGAAUCAGGAGAGCUGUGAUGUGGACAGAAAUAUCAUGGAUAUUAAGGAGGAGGACGACUGUGAGUUGGAGUCCAUGUACCUUAAACAGGAAUGUCUGAGCAUCAAGGAGGAGAACAGUGAACUGCAGGCAGUUGGCAUUAAAGAACAACCUGAAGAGAAGUCUGUCAGUAUUGAGGCACACAACCAUACAAAUCUGGACAGUGUAAAAGAAGAAAACCUUCAUGGUGGGUGCCAAGAUGGAGUGGUGACCAGGUUAGACUCUUCUCAAAGCAGACACUGUUCAUCUCCAGAGGCUUCUGUCAAUGUGAAGACUGAAUCAUUACAGUCUACACCAAAGAGGACUAAGAAAACUACAUCUGUUAGAGCUCAGGAAAAUCUACCACCAUCUAUGGAUAAGUCUGGAAAAAGAAACAAAGAUCAGUGCAGUUUGGAAUCUGGAAAAAAAUUCUCUGGCAGGAGUGCUCUUCAGAUCCACACUACAGUACACACGGGAGAGAAGCCAUAUUGCUGUACUGAAUGUGGUAAACAGUUUUCACAAAUGAGCGAUCUUCAGAGACACACUAGAGUUCACACGGGAGAGAAGCCAUAUUGCUGUAAUGAAUGUGGUAAACGGUUUUCACAAAUGACUAUUCUUCAGAAACACACUAGAGUUCACACGGGAGAGAAGCCAUAUUGCUGUAAUGAAUGUGGUAAACAGUUUUCACAAAUGGGCCAUCUUAAGAUACACACUAGAGUUCACACCGGAGAGAAGCCAUAUUGCUGUAAUGAAUGUGGUAAACAGUUUUCACUAAUAUACCACCUUAAGAUACACACUAGAGUUCACACGGGAGAAAAGCCAUAUUGCUGUAAUGAAUGUGGUAAACAAUUUUCAGGAAUGAGUAAUCUUCAGAAACACACUAGAGUUCACACGGGAGAGAAGCCAUAUUGCUGUCAUGAAUGUGGUAAACAGUUUUCACGUAUAAACAGUCUUCAGUCCCACACUAGAGUUCACACGGGAGAGAAACCAUAUUGCUGUGAUGAAUGUGGUAAACAAUUUUCACAUUUAAGCAGUCUUCAGUACCACACUAGAGUUCACACGGGAGAGAAACCAUAUUGCUGUAAUGAAUGUGGUAAACAGUUUUCACAACAUAGCAGUGUAUCUAUCCACACUAGAGUUCACACGGGAGAGAAGCCAUUUUGCUGUACUGAAUGUGGUAAACGGUUUUCACAAAUGGGCCAUCUUAAGAAUCACACUAGAGUUCACACGGGAGAGAAGCCGUAUUGCUGUAAUGAAUGUGGCAAACAGUUUUCAGAUUUAAGCAGUCUUCAGAGACACACUAGAGUUCACACGGGAGAGAAGCCAUAUUGCUGUCGUGAAUGUGGUAAACCAUUUUCAGAAAUGAGUAAUCUUCAGAAACACAUGAGAAUUCACACUGGAGAGAAGCCAUUUUGCUGUACUGAAUGUGGUAAACAGUUUUCACAAAUGGGCCAUCUUCUGAAACACACUAGAGUUCACAACAGAAUAUAAAGGGUAGUAGUUCAAAAAUCAGUCCCUAAAAACAGGCAUCCUUUAGGACUCAAGAAUGAGGUUUACUCCUGUCCUGUAAAGUAAGCAAACUAAACCAUUGUGGACAAAUUAAUCUCGGAGAGAAGCCAUAUUGCUGUUUGGAAUGUGGCAAUCAAAUCUGUCAGAGAAGUUCUCUUCAGAGACGCACCAAAAUUCACACCGGAGAGAAGUACAACUUAACUGUCCUGACUAAAGAAUGAGGUUCACUCCUACCUGGACAGUAUGCACAUGUAACUCACUGGAAUCCAUCCUACUUAGUGUUGUGUCAAAAACAAAUCAACACAGAUGACAAUGAGGAGUUUAUAUCCUUUUUCCUUUUCCAGAAACAAAAUAAAGAACACGGCGUCAUUCAAACUGCUUCUCACCAAGCCCUACAUCCUCCACCAAUGCGCCUAGCUCUGUUUUCAUAACAAACGUAUUACAUAUAAAACUAUUUACAAUAUAUGGUACACAUUUCAUCAGAAAAGAACUCUUUACAAUAUACAUA